ACACUUCUUCCCGAGAGUACAGUGGAGACACUUGUUGGAGCUCUCUGUCCCUCGGGGGUUUUAAUCUCCAGCAACCGUUGGACUCCUUUUUUAAAAUGUGUAUUUUAGUCCUUCAUAACGAAUCCUCAAUGACUGUUGUUGGCGACCUACAAAAUAAAGUUCAAAAUUUUAUGAAGAAAAGAGCGUUAUUGGAGUUCCAAGAGUCUGAAACACAUCGGUCUCUAGGAUUGUCAGUACUAGGACAGCUGCUCCAAACUGCUAAAGACUCUCAAAAUAAUUUUAUUAUAGGUUUUAAUUGCCAUGGACAGACGGGCCUGAAAGACGGGAAUAUUUCGGAGAAUUGCGUAGGAACGCAAAUUGAUGAAGUUGAGUGCGGACACUACAAGAAAAAGGAUUACUCAAAUUUAAAGGGUCUUGUAGAUAAUUGCUCAGAAUAUAGUGUGCGUGUAUCAAGCUCUUAUGCUUAUGAAAGUUGUUUGCUAUAUCACAAUGAUUGUGACCCCCAAGAUAUGGAAAGUGGCCUGGAGACACGAUCCGAGUGCCCUAGUGAACUAGCAGUUGACAAAACUUGGAAAAACGGCGACCAGGUUUGGCAGGAUGCAGAAUCGAUGUCUUCUCAGAACGACGCGUCUAGGUAUUGGCUGGAGUCGGUUUCAAGCCUCGACCCUGACGACUGGCACGAUGCUGACAAGGAAACGUGCGGAGAAGUUGUAGUGCGUGAUAGUGUGGUUCCUGGCCAGAACACCACAAGCAUGUUAGAUGCUGGGGCGUCUGGUGCUGGGGCGUCUGGUGCUGGGGCGUCUGGUGCUGGGGCGUCUGGUGCUGGGGCGUCUGGUGCUGGGGCGUCUGGUGCUGGGGCGUCUGGUGCUGGGGCGUCUGGUGCUGGGGCGUCUGGUGCUGGGGCGUCUGGUGCUGGGACGUCUGGUGCUGGGACGUCUGGUGCUGGGACGUCUGGUGCUGGGACGUCUGGUGCUGGGACGUCCGGUGCUGGGGCUUUCGCCUUUUGGGGCGAUGCUGGGCGCGGUGCUGGGACUUCUGGAGGCCACAGGGACCUCCGGGGGCGAUGCUGUCGCCUCCGGGGGCGGCGCUGGAACCUCUGGGGGCGGCGCCUUCGAGGCCGGUGCUGGGCGCGGUGCCUCCGGGCAGGUGCAAAAAUUGCAAAGCGUGACCGACGUGCAAAGACGGAUAACACGGCUGCAUUACACAGGCACGAAGAAACGCCUUCAGCUAUGCCAGCCACGUCUCGAAAGAAAAGCCACAGGCAUGAUUGAAAAAAGGGAGUCUAUGGUUCCUAAAGUUCAAAGCGGUGAGAGUAGCCUCAGGAUAAAGGACAUGGUGGUUACAGUUCUGACGAGACUCGCAAGAUUUUUCAGAAUUACUAGUCUCGGGUCUCCCUAUACACGAGAACACAAACGAUAACUCUCCAUCUCGAAUACUGGCGGAUUACGAUCGCGCUGUCCUUGACCAGGCUAGAACUAGGGCAGAAGACUGCCGCAUCAGAAAAGAACCGGGUUCCCCUCAAAACUGAUACAAUUUAUGCACCCAAGGAAUUGCUUCAGGAUCCAGCUCCAUCCAGACCUGCAACACCUCCCAAUUCAUCUAUGAACAUGGAUUCAUUUGUUCACAAUAAAUCGCCACGACGAGCGCAUGGCUCUAAAGGCAAACGGCGUUCUCGGGAGAGUUCCUGUGGACCGCGAAAUAUUAAUCCCGUGACUUCCUCUUGUAGUGCUAGUCACCCGACUGGCGAAUUGGGUACUCGACACACAAAUGACUACUUCUCCGCGGUCUCUCUCAAAGAAGCACACCAACAAUUCUGCUCCAAUGAUUACCCUGCCCAUUUCUGCCCAAAAGGAUUUGGGAAUCUCUCCACCUUGGCGCACAAUGAUUCUCUUCCAAUGUCAUUGCCAAUUCCUCCCCAAGAAGAUUCAGACUGCUAGUAUAGAUGAUUGAGGGACGCGGCCACAGCCCAACAUAAUGAACUUUAAGGUAGCUGGAAUAAACGGGCAUCUUACUGUGGCUAAAGCAGGUUCUUAAAACGGCUGAAAUAAAAGAAAGUUAUCUUCGUUUGCCCGAGUAAUGAAUUGCCAAGCUUCAAUAGUGAUGUACCAGAUGUGCGAGAUAAAUCUAUUGGAAAUUGCUGGUAUAAGACGGCCAAGUACCUGCCAUCAGUACCUGCCAUCAGUGCUUGACUUCCUGUAACGUGGGCCGUCUGUGGGAGAACUGUUGCUGUGAGGCCUUCAGAUGGUCACCUGGACUUACAGGAUGAAGUUGGCAAAGUCUGUGGCACCAGAGAACGUGAUGUCUGUCAAAACAUGGUUUUCUUUUAUUGUUUGGAGAAAGCAAAAUAUUUGCUAUUAAAAUAUGGUCAGCUCGGACGAGAAGCAAUUGUGGGGAAAACUAGCUAGACACCAUAGUCAGUUUUAUCAACUUCAGUUUCCAACAUUGUUGCAGGUUCUCCACUAAUGACAUAUCACACAUGAAACUAUAUUUUAAUUGAGCUCGAGCAAAUCAUUUUAUUAGUAUUUUAUUAGUCAUUUUAUUGUGAACUGAACCCAUAGGGAUAUGAAAUUUUAAUAUUUUUUGUAAUAAGCCUCCCUGUCCCUCCACCCGUCAUUGACUUCUAGAAGUGUGAAGGGGGUUUAGGGGGGAACUAAGUGUACUGAUAAUUCAAGGGGCAGUUGAUAGGACUAGAGCCACUCUUCUAGGCCCUCAAGGAGGAAAGAGGCCACAUAAGUGGCCUCUAUAUGGCCUCCAUAUGGCCUCCAGAGUUUCUUGUGACCAGACAAUGUAUUUCUUGCACUGAUUGUCAUGGUUUAGAAAGCAUUGUAGGAUAUACUUUUGUAAGUGCUACACAUUGCUGCCCGGGAUAGUGUUGAUAUGAAUUGAAUUAGACUGUAAACAUCAUAGGCUCUGUAGCAUUGACAGCCGGCAUGUAGCCAGCAGGUCUACGUUUUCAAGACAAUUGUUUACUUAAACAUAAAUUCUCUAUCAUUGUUAGUUAUGACUGAGAAGACUUAAUUUAGUUUACUCUGAUGGAUGUUGGUAGAUAUUAUACUAUAGUAAAGUAUGUCGGCUCGACUUGUGAAAAUAAUCAGCAAAUCUGAGUUAUUUCUCUAGAGUAAUAUAAUGUAUGUGAAGUUUUAAGAAUUUUGAAAAUUGUGCCGUUAAACUAAAUUGUAUUUAAUUAGUAAAAUUACACUCGAUGCUAGUUUUACAAAUGUAAUAUAUGAAACAAAAGUUUUUUUUAUAAGUGCCUUGAGCUGCUCUGUCGGGCACCUUCGACAUAAAUGUAUAAGUGCCAGAACAUUAUCAAGACUUUUCCACACUUGGAAAUAAAGUGGUUAAAAGAA